GACAAAAUUUAAAAGUUCCGUUGAAAACUGGGCUUGAAGAAAAAAAUAAUGCCAUCGUCACUAAAAGACAUGAUGGAUGUUGAUGAAGAACCGUCUGAUCAAAACAAAAUUCAAGAGAAAGAGGACCACAUAAAAAGCCCUUUUGCGGACAAAUUCAAGAGCCUAAACAGAAAACUGCUUGUUUCAAAAAUCUUUUAUUUCUGUUACUGGGGAGCCGUUGGAUCGUUCUUUCCUCUUCUUGGCGUUUACUUCAAACAGCUCGGGAUGAAUCCUAGUCUGAGUGGUAUUUUAGUUGGCUGUCGACCAAUGGUUGAGUUCUUUAGUGCUCCUCUAUUGGGAACGCUAGCAGACCGACUCGACAAGAGAAAAAUACUUCUAAUAUUUUCAUUGAUUUGCUGGAUUUCAUUCACUUUUUCCUUCGCUUUCAUUAAACCCGCUCCUGUAACUUGUAGAAAAUAUUUCGUUCUUACGAAAAAUGUUUCUAAAAUUACCGAAGGCGAAACGUCCGAGGUUCAAAAGUUCCUUCAACCGAACACUCCCAACGAGGAGGAGCCGAAGUUUAAAGCAAAGAGUUCUCUGGUUUAUGAUCCUGAAGGAGUCCAUCAGGUAUUCCUAGUGCUGCUGUUUCUCACUCUAGUUGGUGAAUUCUUCUCGGCUCCAGCAAUAACUUUGGCGGACUCAGCAACACUUGGUAUGUUGGGCGAGAAUAAAGAGUUGUACGGGAAACAGCGCCUGUGGGGCAGCCUUGGUUGGGGAACGGCUAUGUUUUUCCUAGGAUUUAUAAUCGACAGUAUGAAAGGAGUUGAAAUGUGCGGAGAGAUUAUAAGUCAAAAUUACACCAUUGGAUUUUAUUCAUUUGUCGUAUUCAUGUCGUGUGCUCUCCUUGUAGCUACACGUUUCUCUUUCGCCAAGAAUAAAAAAACACUAAAGGAGGACAUCGAAGAUGAUUCCAACUCAGGAGUUGAGCUUUUUCGGACACUUUUUUCUUUCCGUUACGGAGGGUUUUUACUCGUAGCUUUUUUCAUGGGUUUCGGUUUAGGGCUGAUUUUCACGUUUUUAUUUUGGCAUCUCGAAGACCUGGGUGGUCCGCCGACGCUUUUCGGAAUAGCAUCGCUAAUCGAUCAUGUUUCGGAAAUUUUUUGUUACUUUUAUGUCGGUCACUUCAUCAAACUUGCUGGCCAUAUUCCUGUCUUGUACAUUGGUCUAGCAGGGAACUUUAUUCGGUUUGUCUACAUAGCAUGGAUUCGUAACCCUUGGCUAGUCCUUCCUCUAGAGGUCCUUCAAGGUUUUACCCACGCUGCCGUGUGGGCGACGUGUACUAGCUACAUGGGGCGUAUUGCUCCCCCCGGAUACAGCACUUCAGCUCAAGGCAUUCUACAGGGACUCCAUCAUGGUCUCGGAAGGGCUUGCGGUGCGAUUAUCGGAGGUGUACUUAUUCAUUAUUUUGGAACCAAUAGCACUUUUAGAUACUAUGGCCUUGCUUGCUUGGCUGUUCUCGUUAUGUUCUUUAUUCAUCAGAAGAUUGUGGGACCUGAUGAAAGAAUCUUACAGAGCCCUGCGAAAAUAUCUUCCAAAAAAGACAAAGCAAAACAAAGCCCUACUACUGAGAGUGAACCUCUAGCUGGUUCCCCUCCCCCCACAGUAGGACCUGUCCUGCCUGGCUUAUUUACAGAGGGUAAUCCAGACGCCUCGAAGUUUCAAGUUGUAGGCAGACAUAUUCAACCUCAGCGAAAAGAAACUAAUUUCUAAUUAUUUAUUAUUGCUACUUAUUCAAAUCAUCUCUCCCUCCUCAAAACCCUUACAUUUAAACAAAUAGUGGCAAAAUAAACAUUUUACAAACCCGAAUAAAUGCCAAAUAUAGAAAUAGGGGUCACACUCCCAUAGUGCCCCUGGAUAGGAAGGACCCUGUAAUACACUUUCAAAUGCAAAUGCAAAAGCAAGGCAUAAUUUGAUUUUGUGCAAAAUCUUGCUUUACGUGUACAUUCGUAUAAUGGCCAAAAGAAGAGCAUUUUAUUCAUUUAAUAGACAAGUAAGGCUAAAUACCAGUACUCAACUGUUCUUAUUUUUCAGCCUCUUUGACACAAAGUAUCUUUCAAGAGAACAAAGUGUCAUAAGAACUAUUUCGGAGUAAGGAGCUAUUCAAUUGGAACAAUGAAAGCAAAUACUACAAGAUGCAGUUUCAUAAAUUUUUGACAAAUUCACAUAAACAAAUAAGAUUGCCCUAAGACUUGUAAAGACCAACAGACCAGUAACUGUGAAGAUCUCCCAAAUCUACUAGCUUAGAGUGCUUUGCCUUAUGUAUAGAGGCAAGCCAACCAGAUAAGGUCCACAUCAAUUUUUCUUUGUCAAAAUAUGGCAACCUUUUGCUUCAAAAAGAAUAUCUAAAUUUCCUUCAUCUUUUAAACACCAAAUAUUAGAUGAAUUCUGCCGUUCACUUUCAUCACAGAAAUCUGGAUCAGUGAGAUAGUCCCCUUCACAGUUCCCUGCCCCAUCUUGAAAGGUAGCCGUGCCUUAGCAUCACAGUGAGACCAAUGAUGAGUUUGCAAUUAUAGAAACAUGUGAAUAACAUUGUCCAAGGUGUUCAAAAAGGUCUCUUUUGUUGCAAGCUCACCGUUCAUCUUGCUUCAAUGCAAACACUGCUACCUUUCAAGAGGGCACAGGGAACUGUGAAGGGACUAUUGGACAAUUUUCUUCUAGCAUUUCAUGCUUAUAUUGUUUGCCUUAUAAUUACAGAAAUUUUCUUUAUUCCCUUACAGAACAUUAAUAAUAAUAUGAAUAAAUUAUGGUCACCACCUAUGUGAUUGCAUAAA